ACAGGCUGCACACCAAAGUUGGAUUUUCUGCUGAUGAUGGACACAAAAAAUGGUUAUGGAUAUCACAACCCAUGUGGGUUCCUAGAAGACAAAUUGUUUUGAUCCUCUGCAUGAUUUUUGUUAUUCAUUUUCAGUCCUUCCUUAAGGGUCAAAAACUGAAGAAAGGAAGGGGAGAAGAAGACACACAAAAGAGGGUAUGAUAAGAGAGGAAAAACGUUUCAAUUAAUUCCUUGAAGUUCAACAAACAAACAGGAAAAUGGCUAUUCUAUUUCUAUUUGUGCACACACGCACAGACCUACUGACACACUCAGAGGCUUCCCCGGAGCAGGGAUUGGACGAGAGACAAAGAGAGAGGGAGAGCACUUCUUUCCCACCCCUCCACAGCCGCUUCAACCUACUACCAGUAGUCCUGUCAGAGUGAGAUAUGAGAACAGGGCGGCGAUGACGCCGGGCCACUUGGACUCCUAGACCACCUCAGACUCAACACCUCUCCCGUCCACUUCUCUCACACUCAGCCGCGUUUCAUUUCAUCGCCGUGGAAUGGAUUCCCGGCUGCUGAUUGGACCGGGGAUGCCCACACCGGACCCGACAGCCCGGACACCCUGGAACAUCAGCUCCAUCAGUCCCCACAGGCUCAUGGAGCUGUCUCCAGUCGCUACGUCUAGUCCCAUGGUUCCAAGCCACCCAUUUCCAACAGUAGACGUCCCAGACCACGCUCACUAUACAAUUGGUGUUGUCAUCCUGGCCGUGGGCAUCACAGGCAUGCUGGGAAACUUCCUGGUCAUAUAUGCUUUCUGCAGGAGCCGGAGCUUGCGCACACCCUCCAACAUUUUCAUCAUUAACCUGGCAGUCACAGACUUCUUUAUGUGUCUUACUCAGACACCCACCUUCUUCAUCAACAGCAUGCACAAGCGAUGGAUCUUUGGAAAGAAAGGUAAGACAUGUGUGUGCAGUGAAAUGGUUUAGUGUUUCAACUUUAUUACAUAACAUUUUGCACUUUAUAUUUAAAUAUAGUACCUAACCAACAACCUAAACACAGACUAAUGAUAUUAUAACACUCUUUUACAUGUGCAUGCAUGCAUACACACACACACUCUAAAUUAC